UCGCGGAGCCUCUCUCUCUCUUCCUCUCCCUCUCUCUCCUCAUCUCUCCACGAACCUUCCAUCUGCUUCACUCUUCACCCUCCACAGCUUCGAUCGACGCCCGAAUGGCGAGCGAAGCUCCUCGGCGGUCGGAGCCGGCAGAUCCGCUCGCGGCGUACUCCGUUCUCUCGCUCUUCCCCCGGACGCUCGGCGUCCUCAAGGAGGCCCCGAAGCCCUACGACCUCGAGUGCGACCUCGACUCGCUCCACGACCACCUCAAAUCCAUCGCCUUACGAAGUCCCAAAAGACUUUUAGAUCAAGCCAAGGCUAUUGUCAGCAAUAGUUCAGAACUCGUAAACAUUAGUAUCCCAACUAAGGUAGCAUCUGAAGACAAGAACAGAGUAAAUGCAGUGAUGGCAAAUGAAGUUACUAGAAAAAGAAGGCCUGCUUCGGGGCGCGAGCGACCUCGAUUUUCUCUGAAGCUUGAUUCCAGCCAUCCCAUGGUGACCUUGGAGCCAACAUUUGAUGUCGAUAUAUAUGAAGAUCCAGAUGAAUUUUUUCAGGCUUUUGAGAUGUUUGACAAUGCCAGGAGCGAAAUACACAGACAGACUGGAGUUCCAGUGCAUCAGAAUCAGUACGAUACUGUGAGAAAUGCACGUCCACGCCGACCAGAAACCUUGAGGAAGUCCUUCAAAAAUCGUUUUGAUCAAUCUGUCAUAUGUUCGCAAGUGACAUCUCAAAAUGACAUUGUCCCUGGACCAGUCUAUACAACACAACCUGAAGCAAUUGAAUUGACUGAAGAAACUGAAUUAGCUGGUUCUGAGAUGGCAGAAAACAAGGUUGAUGAACUUUUGGAUGAUUUAUUAUCUGGAAAUUGUGAAGAUUUUGAUGGAGAUGGUGCGGUCAAUCUUUUACAAGAGCGCUUGCAGAUUAAACCUGUUAACAUCGAUAACUUGAGCCUCCCUGAUAUGCAAGAUAUUAGGGGGAAUGACUUGAAUGCUUCAGAGAGAGAGACAUCACAGCAUAGACAGGCGCUUUCUGAUAUACAGAACAUUUUGAAGGGGCUUCACAGUAAAUCACCUUCAAAAAGUGGGGAUGUUUCUAGAAAAAACAUACCCUCACCCCAAACAAAGAGUCCUCUUGCCCCAUUGAUAUUGUUGAAGAGACGUAAGUUUAAGGAUAACUCCAUUGACCCAUUUUCUGCUGCUAAUAUUGAUGUAGCAGCCACAAAGAAUUCUCCCCUCUCUAAUUGCUUGAGAAUACACUCUGACGGCACUGGCACGAGGAAAGACCCUAGUACUUCUGGAAAGUCCAAAUCACCAAUGGUUGAAGAAGAUGCCGGUAUAGUAGAUAAUGUGCAUCAUUUCAAGCACAUUACUGGAUACUAUUCUAAUGUUUCAAUUACAGGUCUGUCCCGGUACAGUUCCAAUGAUAGCAAUGAAAGGUUUAAGUUGGAUUUCAUGACAUUAGAAGAGGACUUACCCGAUUCUUCUGCUGAUAUCGAUAGUCGAACAGAGAAGGUAGCAGUCACAUCUCCCCACUUUGAUGUGGGCAUGCAGAACUCUACCAUUGGAGAAGUGAAUCACAAUGAACAUAAUCAAGAGGAUACUUCACACCGUUCUACAUUGAAAGAUGAUGGAACAGGUGGAACCUUUGCAAGUACUGACAGAGCUCCUGAGAAGCAAACUGAGAAUUCAUUAAGUGCCCACAAAAAGUCAAAGGCACGUCCAUCCAAGGAUCGCCUUAGGAAAGGACUUUCUAGGAGGCAAAGCCUUGCAGCUGCUGGCACCUCAUGGAAUUCUGGAGUAAGGAGAAGCACCAGAAUCAGAUCAAGACCUUUAGAAUAUUGGAAGGGUGAACGAUUUUUAUAUGGUCGCGUGCAUGAGAGUUUAGCCACUGUAAUUGGCAUAAAGUAUGUAUCUCCAGGAAAGGCUGAUGGAAAAUCCACUAUGAGGGUGAAGUCAUAUGUUUCGGAUGAAUACAAGGAGCUUGUUGAACUAGCAUCGCUUCACUGAGAUGCCAUGUGGUCUUGUACUCUUGUUUGCAUCUUGGGAAACUUUUGUCCAUGACUGGUUGAGUUCAUAUUGAACAUAAUUUGAUGUUCAGUAAACUUAUCCCAGUGUAUAGUUCUGUCUCUUCAAGUUUGACUCUCCUUUUCA